AACCCGACGGUGCAGGAGGGUGGCCGGUACCAACCCUCCACCUGUGAGCCCCGGUCCCGCACUGCCAUCAUCAUCCCCUACCGCAACCGCGAGACCCACCUGGGCCACCUCCUCUACUACCUGCACCCCUUCCUGCAGCGCCAGCAGCUCCAGUAUGGCAUCUAUGUUGUGCACCAGGCGGGCAACUCCACCUUCAACCGGGCCAAGCUGCUGAACGUGGGAGUGAAGGAGGCACUGAAGGAUGAGGAGUGGGACUGCCUUUUCCUCCAUGACGUUGACCUCAUCCCUGAGAAUGACCACAACCUCUACACCUGCGACCCCUGGAACCCCAAACAUGUCUCCAUUGCCAUGAAUAAAUUUGGAUACAGCCUGCCGUACCCCCAGUACUUCGGCGGGGUCUCAGCUCUCACCCCUGACCAGUACAUGAAGAUCAACGGUUUCCCCAAUGAGUACUGGGGCUGGGGGGGCGAGGACGAUGACAUUGCCACCAGGGUGCGCCUGGCCGGCAUGAAGAUCGCCCGCCCACCCAUCUCCAUCGGCCACUACAAGAUGGUGAAGCACAAGAGUGACAAAGGCAACGAGGAGAACCCCCACAGGUUCGACCUGCUGAUCCGCACACAGCGGAUGUGGACGCAGGACGGGAUGAACUCCCUCACCUACACACUGCUGGCCAAGCACCUCCACCCUCUCUACACCAACCUCACGGUGGACAUCGGGAUGGAUCCCC